AUGGGAGGGAUUAAACUCGAGGACGACGCACCAACCGUCAACGGUCAUGUGGGAAAGGAAGACGCACCGCGCGCGUCCGGUGUGAAGGAUGCGUCCGGACCCUCGCCACUCCCAUCAUUGUCGAUGGAGGGAGUCAAGUCCCGCAGCGGCAGUGUCGAGACGCCCGACUCUCAAAGGCCACCUCGCCUGUCCCGAAAGGCGUCCCAAAAACGCGACUUGCCACAAAGCGAACCUCCGCUUUUCGAACACCUCCCCGACGUGACGGUUGACUCGUGCAAGACCUUCCAGGCUAUUCCCGACUGUCUCUAUGGGUCGAAGCAUCUGGGAUCCACGGACAAUGACGCUCUGGAUUGCGAAUGUAGGGAAGACUGGCAAGAUGGCGAAAAUCAUGCAUGUGGUGAGGACUCUGACUGUAUCAAUCGAGCUACCAAAAUGGAAUGUAGCGUGGAUGACGGAAACUGCGGCGGCGGCUGCCAGAAUCAACGGUUCCAGCGCCGCGAGUACGCUCGUGUCUCUGUCAUCAAAACCGAGAAGAAGGGGUUUGGUCUACGUGCUGACUAUGCGCUCCACGUAAACGACUUCAUCUACGAGUACAUUGGUGAGGUCAUUAAUGAGCCAACAUUCCGCCGGCGGAUGAUGCAAUACGACGAUGAAGGCAUCAAACAUUUCUACUUCAUGUCCCUCAACAAGAGCGAGUUUGUAGAUGCCACGAAGAAGGGAAAUCUGGGUCGCUUUUGCAACCACUCAUGCAACCCCAACUGCUACGUCGACAAGUGGGUGGUGGGGGAAAAGCUUCGGAUGGGCAUUUUCGCUCUCCGCGACAUCCAGGCUGGCGAGGAGUUGGUGUUCAACUACAAUGUUGACCGCUAUGGUGCCGAGCCGCAACCAUGCUACUGUGGAGAGGCCAACUGUGUUGGUUUUAUUGGUGGCAAGACCCAGACUGAGCGGUCCACCAAACUGGCGCCGGGCAUGGUUGAGGCUCUGGGUAUCGAUGGCGGUGAAGUAUGGGAGGCAGCUGGUGCUAAGAAGCCACGCAAGAAGAAGCCGGAGGAAGAAGAUGAGGAGUACGUCAGCCGCAUCCAACCACGUACUCUGGACGAGGACGAUGCACGCAAGGUCAUGGCCACCCUCAUGCAAUGCAAGGAGAAGUGGAUUGCCGUCAAGCUGUUGCAGCGAAUCCAAGACUGCGAUGAAGAAAAGGUUAUCCACUGCGUCAUGCGCAUGCACGCUUACCAAAUUCUCAAGAAUGUGCUCAACACCUUCAUUGAGGACUUCAACGUCGUUUUACAGGUGUUGUCGAUCCUUGACAAAUUUCCCCGGAUGACGCGAAACAAGAUUCAGGAUUCCAAAAUCGAAGCCUCGAUUGAGCCGUUAACGCACGUCGACGACGAGAAUGUCACCUCCAAAGCCAAGAAGCUACUUGACGAUUGGAGUAAGUUGGAAGUUGCAUAUCGUAUCCGACGACGGAAGUUUGAUCCGAGUCUGCCGAAUCAAAAUUCAAAUUCGUUUGAGGAUCGACGGGGCGGACAGGUUCGAGAGGAAGAAGCAGCCCAAAACAAGACUGCCUCUCCCCAGCCCCUGGAUGCUCCUCGAGGGCCUCGCAACAAUCAACCCCAGAGGCAGAUGCCUCAAGGAUACUUCGCACGCCCACGGCACCGUUCCUUUCAAAAGCAGCUCCCGGAAGGGUGGUUUGCAGCAAGGGACAACCAUGGUCGAACUUACUUCUAUGACAAGCAAGGCACCACGACAUGGGAAAGGCCUACAAAGCCUGCCGUAGAACCAACGGUCAACAAGGCAGCCCAGGAGUUGCUUGCCAUCCAGAGCAUCAUUAACAAGGUCACAAGGGAAGGCAGCACGCCAAAAGCGCCUCAAACGCAGCAGCAACCUCAAGCCAGUGCGGCAUCAGCAGCAGAGUUGAAACGUGAAAAGAUCCGAUCAAUCCCGGUUGAGAAACAGAUGAAGAUCUACGAGAACACGAUUCAUCCGCAUGUGAAGCACGUUGUCGACAAAUUUCGACACAAGCUGCCCAAGGAAGAACUCAAAAGGUUCGGCAAGGACAUAUCCAAAAAGCUUGUGAGCUCGGAUUUCAAGAACGGAAGGGUCACUGACCCGAGCGCCGAACUAAACGAGAAACAAGUGCAAAAAAUCAAGAAGUAUGUCAAGGAUUUCUUGGACAAGGCAGUCGUCAAAUACAAUGGACACAAAGAGCGCAAGGCUGCCCAGGCUAGUAAAGACGGGUCCAAGGAGCCCAAGGAUUCACCUGAGGAAGAGGUCGCGGCGAUUGGUGAUGAGACUAUGAUGAGUGAUAUGGAGAAUGGCACAACGCCAUCGAGUCCCGAGAAGAAACGGAAACGUAUUGACGAUGAGAGCGGCGACUCUCCGGUAAUAACAACUCCAGACGGCAGAGACUUGAAGAGGCCCAGGGAAGAGGAGAAUGACCAAAUGGGGACUCCUCCCCCGCCACCCCCUCCUCCAGGUGCUCGGAGCAUCGGCGGUCCCUCAAUGGAGACGGACGAAGCGCUACGAGAGCAAGAGGAAGCACUCAUGAGAGAGAACGAAGAAGCCCAGCGGCUGGAGGACGAAGCAAACAAGACAAAGGCGUUAGAGCAGGCAGCCGAUGACAUGCAUAGAACCGCUGCUGCUUCCCGGGGAACAUCCGAGGUGCUCAGCCACUGA